AUGGGGGCCAGACUUUGUCGGCGGCGUCGAGCAGCGAAAGCUGAAAAAGCCGAGAAGAUCUCAAUCGCCGAGGAGAAGAAGCUGAUGUCCGCCAAGAACGAAACACUUCAGCAAGACAUCACAUUCAUGUCUAAGGUAAAUCUGUUCAAGCGCCUGCCGAAGGAUUUGCACCCACUCUUGGUGGCAAACGUCCUCACCACGAAUUACCGCUCUGGUCAGACUGUGGUGAAGCAAGGAGACGAUGGGGAUGAGCUCUUCAUCAUACGCUCCGGCGAAGUUACCGUGCAAGUCAGCAAGGAUGGUAAAGCGCCGAAGAAGGUCGCCAGCUUGAAGGCAGGUGAUUACUUUGGGGAGCGCGCGGUCAUCUACAAUGAGCCAAGAGGUGCCACAAUUGUGGCAGCGAAUGCCGUGAUGGCAUACAGACUUACUCGGGCGAAGUUCCACGAGCUGAACCUGGAAGAACAUGUCAAGUUCGCACAGCGAAAAGUUUCAGGAGACGGGGCCGCCACCAUCGAAGCCAAGCCACCGGCAGAGAAGACUGAUUCGGAGCGGCGCAUGAUUCUUGAAGCUCUUAUGGCGAACAGCAACCUAAAUGCGACGGUUACCUUGGAGGAACUACAAGCAGAAGCCUUGAGCGACCUCAUGUGGAAACAGACCUUCGAGCCACAGCAAGUUGUCAUUACCCAGGGGAACAUGGCGGAUUACUUCUACAUCGUUCAGGAUGGAUGCUUCACCGUGCAGCAACAGAAGCCCGGGGUGGAGCUUGCCCAGGUUGACCAGCUGAAACCUGGGGACUGCUUCGGUGAGCUCCCGUUGCUACAGCUUCGGCCUCACCAGCACUCGGUGGUUGCGAAGGAGCGAAGUUGCACCUGGGUCAUCGACCGGUGGCAAUUCAAGGAAAUCCUCUUCAAGGUACCUGACAGCAAACUGGUGGAGUACAUCAGCUAUCUGGAUCGAGUCUCCAUCCUGGACGCGCUGUCAGGAGAGGAAAAGACAUCGACGGCGCAGGCGCUUACUGAGAUGAGCUUCAACAAGGGCGACGUCAUCUUGCAGCAGGGCGAGACAGGAGACUCCUUUUACAUCCUCUUUGACGGCGAGGUGACCGUCCUCAUCAACGGUAAGGUGGUGGCUCGUUUGGAAGCAUCUGUCGAGGAGCACACCGCCCAUCACUUUGGCGAGAAGGCGCUCAUCAGCAGCCAGCCUCGAGCAGCGACGGUGCAAGUUGCUUCUGCUCAAGCCAAGGUGCUCGCGUUGGAUCGGAUCGCUUUCAACGCCCUCCUCGGCUCCCUCGAGGACAUCCUACGUGCCCAGGAAGAUGGGAGAUCAAGGCAGACGAGGGUCAAUCGAGGGUUGACUGUGAAGCCGUUCCAAAAGAUCUUCCGCAAAGAUCUGAUGGGUGUUGGGCUCCUGGGCGUCGGAGAGUUCGGGGCCGUGGAGCUCGUAGCACACCGACGGGCAGAUGAGACCUUUGCAAUGAAGAGUAUGUCGAAAGCCCUGUUGGUGCAGAAGGGCAAGCAGUACGUGGCCCUGAAUGAGAAGCAUGUACUUAUGUACAUUCUCUCGCCCUUCGUCGUUCAGCUGUUCGAGGCGUACAGCGACUCUUCCACGCUGUAUCUCCUGUUAGAAGCCGCCCUUGGCGGAGACCUACAUGGCCUGUACUGCCGCAAGCGUCUCUAUGGAAGCGAGCGUCAUGCAGCCUUCUACACGGCAGGAUCUGCAUUGGCUCUUCACUACCUGCAUCAGCGCCGUAUCAUUUACCGAGACCUGCGGCCCGAGAAUAUCUUGCUGACCCAGGACGGAAACAUCAAGCUCUGCGACUUCGGGCUUGCAAAGUUUGUGGCGGAGAGGACCUUUACCAACUGUGGCAUUCCAGACUACUACGCGCCGGAGAUGGUACUUGCUACUGGACAUGGCCUCGAGCUGGACUGGUGGUGCUUCGGGAUCCUUCUGUUUGAGCUGAUGUCAGGGAAGCCGCCCUUCGAGUCGUCGAACCCCAUGCAGAUUUACGUCAGCAUCCUGCACGGCAUCAGCAAGGUCGCCAUGCCUGAGGGCAACACCAGAGCUGCGGGCGAUCUCAUCAAGCUGCUGUUAAAGAAGGAGCCAUUGGACAGAUUACCUGUGAAGGAGGGCUUCGCGAAGCUGAAGGAGCAGCGCUGGUUCUCCGAGAUUUCCUGGAAUAGCUUGUCGGAGCUGCAGAUGGACACGCCUUACAAACCCAACAUCCGCCACAAAAAAGACCUUGCAAACUUCCAUCCGCGAUCAGAGCUACUGGUGCAGUCUCCUGAAUAUGAAGAUGACGGCACCGACUGGGAUGCCAACUAUCCCACCUAG